UGAUUGGAGAUCCCAUGAAGCAAGUUCAAAUGGGUAAUAACAAGUCUUCUAUUUGUUCUGCUAGCCUUGUAAAAUGUCCAUUUCUAUGGUGUGGAAGGCUAGACUGCAAUUCUUUGUGAGGCUGAGCUAAAACUCUUAAUGAUUGUCAUAGCCCUUACGGGUGGUGUGUUAAGUGCGGGACACACUCGAUGAGGUCACCUAUAUGAGUGAGAGGUGGGGCCGCCUCUAUGAAGCAUUGACAACGCUUCUAGAGCACUCAAGAAAACCAAGCACGCGCACGGCCUAGAGGCACACAACGGCGUUAACGACGAGAAAGGUGGGGGUGAAAAAUGAUCCCCUAAGACACUAACUUACCAAAGUAGAUUAUUGGUUCAUAGAAACUAUACGUUUCACCAAUAAACUCGGUAUUUAAAGACUUAGGCGUCUAGGUCUGGUUCAAGUCUACGGACACCAGAUUGAAAAACCUCACCCCAUAUAUGAACCCACUAAGGAAUUGCUAUCUUUAAAUAUAUAAUAUUAUUCAUUUGAAAUAGUGGGGGAUUGUUGGAAAUUUUGGGGUAUUUCAAAUGAAUAAGUUUUAUUUUAUUUUCUCAGAAAUUUUAUCAUGACCUUAAAGACCAUUUUACCCUAUUAUCUGUGAAGCUAUUAUUAAACGUUAAACAAUUACCAUAAUAUAUGGACUUGGUCACUUGGCUAAACGUUUUCUUGAUGUUGGGCAUUGUUUCAAGUUAAUGAAAAAACGUUUUGUGUUAAAUGCCUUUAAUACUACAUAAUUCAUACUUUAAUUUCAUUAAUUAAAGUUUAUAUUUUGGCUCUUGACUCCCUUGAGUAACGUUCGUUCGUUUUCAUUGUGUAUUUGGAUACAUCAUAUAUUAUAUAUAUAUAGAUAAGCUUCUUGCAGCAAAAGAACAAAUAGGAUACUUGGGAUAUUAGAAAUACUUCGUAUAUACUUGCUAGAGUGUCUGCACUCAUUCUGAUCUUUAAAAAGAGAAAAUGGCCUAUGGGUGCCGUGGGAUUACAAAGAGAGGGCUACAUACCACUUUUCAUAUUAAGAAGUAAACAUAUAUAUUACUCUUCAUAGAUUAAUACGUGUGCUUAUGCUUUACUUCUUCUAUAGAUGAAAAAGUAUAUAUGGUGAAGUGUGUAUAUACAAGUAUACUACAAAUUAACAAUACAUUUUAUUACUGGGUUCAUAUACUGUUCUCUUCUCGUUAGUUCUGGUACCGGUUUUAUAACCGAAGGGCUCGUUAUAUCUUGGGGGAAAUUUUCGUACGCCGGAAAUAAUUCCUUAGGACAGCGUCUGACGCGUCUCGAGCCACUGAUAUACUUUUAGUUCUUUGUAGUGAUUAUCUUGCAGGUCAAUUCUCGGAGCUAGAUAGUCAACGAGGCCAAUUUAGGAGCAACACGGUCAACACGUUGAUUUUGGAAGGAUAGAGCCAACAUUAACAACCCAAGUUUACUACCACGAAAGGACCGAAUUAAUAACAAGCGUAUUAAUCGAUCGGUUCUAGUAAUAAUUGAUAUAUGAAACAAAACUAGUUGAUCCUUUAAGUAAUGCUCAAAAUAUUAAUAUGAAAUAGGAAUAUGAAUUAAUUAAUAUUCAAGGAAGAUUAUUAAAGAAAAUAACUCACAACUUACAAUUCAUUAAGCUUCAAAGUAGCAAAACCAAGAUGGAAAAAUUUAGGGCCUGUUUACUAACAGAAAUAUUUUCUGUUUUUUCAAAAAAUUGGAAAACUGGAGAUAGAAAAGUCAGAAAACACGUUUACCAAACUAUUUUCCAAAAUGAAAAAAUCGAAACACGUCUCACUUUUCCGGUGUGAAAUGGAAAACACGUUUUAUGCGUUUUCUAGUUUUAGAAAACUCGGUGCUACAGUAUUCAUUUACUUCGUUCGCCUUCCUCCUCCUACCACGCUUUCAUUUUGCCUUACCUUCCUCCGCCUAACUUCAUUACUCGGUGUUAAAGUCUCACCUUCCUCCUCCCUUCCAGCUUUAAAUUCCGACUUGAGCAUCGCCAAACACUGCACCUCAUUGCCACAGCUUCAGAUUUGUCCGAGCAAAGCAUCCCUUCCCCCUCCUUCAUGGCUACCACGCUCCAGGUUCACAAAUCAGGCCAUCGCUGCUAGGAGCUGAGCCUCGACAUCACGACAUCUCCCAGUUCUUCCGUCGACUCCUGUUCUGCCAACGAUUUGAAGGAUUUGAAGGGAGGUGCUGUUUUUCUUAGACUGUUUUAAGUUACUCCAUUUUGAUACUGUUAGCAGGAUUCCGGGUUUUCUAGCCCCAUACCGUGGAGAGAGUUAUCACUUAAAAGAUUUUCGAGACCGAGGACGAAUACGCAAUAAGCAAGCUUUAUUUAACUACCGACACUCAUCCGUGCGCAAUGUGAUCGAGAGGUGUUUCGGAGUACUAAAGGAAAGAUUUCCCAUUCUAGACAUAUCACGUGGUUACCCAUUGAGAAGACAAGUUCAAAUUCCCAUAGCUUGUUGCGCAUUGCAUAACUUCAUUCGCAUGCAAGAUAGGAACGAUGAUGUGUUCUUGGAGUACGAGGAAGAUGAUAUGAUAGUUAACACGGAGGCAAGUACAAGUGAAAAUGGAUCACUCGAAUUUGAUAUGUCUCAACAACAACAAAUGCAUGAAAUUCGAGAAAGUAUUGCAAAUGCAAUAUGGGAUGAUUAUAAUGUUUGAGAUGUUGAAGUACAACUGUUGUUCUGAUUAACAUGUCACUUGUUGAAUUUUCAGUGUUGGGGAACAUUUAUGUUAUUUUUUUUUGUUAUUUCAAAUGUCCCUUUAAAUGUGCAUUUCUUUUUCGGAAU